AUCCCCAAUAUUCUGACCCGCGAUACAGAUGAUGAUGGGAAUCCUAUUUACAAUUUUCUUUAUCCUAGUAAAGAGCUCCUUCCUGAUGAUAAAGAAAUGAGCAUAUAUGAUCAUUUAGAGGAGUUGAGACAGAGAAUUUUCACGUCAGUUUUAGCCAUUGGAGCUGCUAUGCUUGGUUGUUUUGCGUUCUCAAAGGAACUUAUUAUAUUUCUUGAAGCUCCAGUUAGUGCACAAGGUGUUCGAUUUUUGCAACUAGCUCCUGGAGAGUUCUUCUUCACAUCUCUAAAGGUUUCAGGAUACUGUGGCCUCCUACUAGGAAGCCCUGUGAUUCUCUAUGAGAUGAUAUCGUUUGUUUUUCCGGGUUUAACAAAGGAAGAGAGAAGAUUCCUGGGGCCAAUUGUCCUAGGGUCCUCAGUUCUUUUUUAUGCAGGCCUAAUCUUCUCUUAUUACGUUCUCACUCCAGCAGCCUUGACAUUUUUUGUUAGUUACGCGGAAGGGGUUGUUGAAUCACUGUGGUCUAUUGAUCAGUACUUUGAAUUUGUCCUUGUGCUCAUGUUUAGCACUGGAUUAUCUUUCCAGGUUCCAGUAAUACAACUGCUAAUUGGGCAACUGGGCUUAGUGUCAUCAGAACAGAUGCUCUCUGUUUGGAGAUAUGUAGUGGUAGGUGCAGUGAUUGCUGCUGCAAUACUUACACCAUCAACAGAUCCUCUUACUCAACUGCUGCUGGCUGGACCCCUUAUGGGUCUUUAUUUGGGUGGAGCAUGGAUGGUAAAGCUUCUUGGCCGAUGAUUUACUUUACAAAAGUCAACGUGGCAUCCAAAUUUUAUAUGUUGGAGGCAGUUUACCAAGUUUCCAGGGAACCCCACAUUCGAGAAAUGCCCAUAUAAGUUAUCAUACUGAACUUAGUUUCUGUCUUCUCAUACACGAUUAUCUAUCCUUUGGUAGUUAUACGUUAUAACCGUUUGCUAGUAUGAGCUCCGAUGAUUUGCCUUAUAGUGGUUUGGUUACAAAGGGUUCUUAAUCGGGUUUUGGAAGAUUUUGUACUGUUGUUUGAAGAGAGAAUUGGGUUCAACACUAUUGGUGACCAAGUUGAAACUUGUUUCUCAUUGAUGAUCUAUAACAUAAUACCUUGUGACCAUAUCUCCAAGAGAGAGUUCAUGCAGCUAAAAAUGCUCAUUUACAUUGUUUUGA